AGAGAGAGACACUCAAAAGAAAACCCUCUGCACCUUCUGAAGUACAGAGAGAGAGAGAGAGAGAGAGAGAGAGAGAGAUGGCGUGCGGGAGCAUGGGAUUUGGAAGCCCCUGCACCCUGCAAAUGCCCAUGGCGUCUUCCUUGCGUUCUCCAAGAAGCGCCUAUGCUGCUGCGUCGAUUCCAAUGCCACCUCUAAACCCUCGAGACCCUUUCCUUUCCAAGCUCGCCUCUGCUGCUGCCACUGCUCCAGACCCUCUUCCCCUCCGUCAGACCUCCACCGAUUCGGAUACACCUCCGUAUCUCGAUCUAUUCGACAAUCCCAAGCUGAUGGCUACUCCCGCUCAGGUGGAACGCACUGUUACUUACAAUGAGCACAGGCCGAGAAAACCUCCCCCGGAUUUGCCAUCUCUACUUCUACAUGGACGGAUAGUUUACAUUGGCAUGCCUUUGGUGCCAGCUGUCACAGAGCUCGUCAUAGCAGAACUGCUUUACUUGCAAUGGAUGGAUCCAAACCAGCCAAUUUAUCUUUACAUCAAUUCAACUGGAACGACUCGUGAUGAUGGUGAAACGGUUGGAAUGGAGUCUGAAGGUUUUGCUAUCUAUGAUGCAAUGAUGCAGUUGAAAAACGAGAUCCAGACAGUUGCUGUUGGAGCCGCCAUAGGGCAGGCUUGUCUACUUCUUGCUGCUGGAAAGAAGGGUAGACGGUUUAUGAUGCCGCAUGCCAAAGCCAUGAUUCAACAACCCCGAGUCCCAUCAUCUGGGCUAAUGCCAGCAAGUGAUGUUCUUAUUCGUGCCAAUGAGGUUAUAAAGAACAGGGACACGCUUGUUAAGCUUAUAUCCAGACACACUGGAAAUUCAACCGAGACAGUAGCAAAAGUGAUGCGAAGACCAUUCUAUAUGGAUUCCAUGAGAGCCCAGGAGUUUGGUGUCAUUGACAAGAUUCUUUGGCGUGGACAAGAGAAGAUAAUGGCGGAUGCAGCCUCACCAGAAGAAUGGGACAGGAAAGCGGGCAUUAAAAUCGUCGAUGGGUUGUAAUAUUCUCUCGAAAGCAUGUCAACCCUGUGACUACAAGCUGUGUUUUUGCUGCAGGUGACAAGUCCACAGUCGCUCAUACACUGUAGCAUACAAUGGAAGUUUCCUCCCGUAUCAUGGGAUAGAGAUCCUGGUAUAAGAAAUGAUGUCCUCAAGUCACCCUGCGAAUUUCAUGCCUUUAAAGGAACUAUAAAAAUGUAAAAUGCAUCCAUCAAUGCAUGCGAUUGCGGAACUUACACCGUU